CUACACGCCGAGAGGAGGGGGCUGGAAGUCUGAGACGCUUCCAGCCUGAAGGGGCCGGCGGUUUGGCCACUGCACCCUGGACUAGCUAGCUUGUACCCGCGCGGCUAAGUGAAUGGGAUGGAGCCGGGACCGUCUGGCGCUGUGCCCAUGGGGGUCUUCCCCCCACCCCUGCAGCAGGUGUUCCAUGCCCCCCGCCGGCCAGGCAUGGGUACCGUGGGCAAGCCCAUCAAGCUGCUGGCCAACUAUUUCGAGGUGGAGAUCCCAAAGAUGGAUGUCUACCACUAUGAGGUGGACAUUAAGCCCGACAAGUGCCCACGACGAGUCAACAGGGAGGUUGUGGAGUACAUGGUGCAGCACUUCAAGCCCCAGCUCUUUGGCGACAGGAAGCCAGUGUAUGAUGGCAAGAAGAACAUCUACACGGUGCUAGCACUUCCUAUUGGGAGUGAGAAGGUGGAUUUUGAGGUAACCAUACCAGGUGAGGGUAAGGACCGAAUCUUCAAGGUGUCCAUCCGUUGGCUGGCCAAGGUUUCAUGGCGCCUGCUGCAGGAGACUCUGGUCAGCGGCCGCCUGCAGGUCCCCCUCGACUCAGUUCAAGCCCUAGACGUGGCCAUGCGCCACCUGGCCUCUAUGAGGUACACUCCAGUGGGCCGUUCAUUUUUCUCCCCACCUGAAGGAUACUACCACCCAUUGGGUGGGGGGAGGGAAGUCUGGUUUGGCUUCCACCAGUCUGUGCGCCCUGCCAUGUGGAAGAUGAUGCUUAACAUUGAUGUGUCCGCCACCGCCUUCUACAAAGCCCAGCCUGUAAUUGAGUUCAUGUGUGAGGUUUUGGACAUUCGCAACAUCGACGAGCAGCCUAAGACUCUCACUGACUCACAAAGGGUCCGCUUCACAAAGGAGAUUAAAGGCUUGAAGGUGGAGGUGACCCACUGUGGCCAAAUGAAGAGAAAGUACCGCGUAUGCAAUGUCACCCGACGUCCUGCCAGCCACCAGACAUUUCCCCUCCAGCUCGAAAGUGGGCAGACAGUAGAAUGUACAGUGGCCCAGUACUUUAAGCAGAAGUACAACCUGCAGCUAAAAUACCCCCACCUACCCUGUCUACAGGUGGGCCAGGAGCAGAAGCACACCUACCUGCCCCUGGAGGUGUGUAACAUUGUAGCUGGUCAACGAUGCAUCAAGAAGCUGACAGAUAAUCAGACCUCCACUAUGAUCAAAGCCACAGCUCGGUCCGCACCCGACAGACAAGAGGAGAUCAGCAGGCUGAUGAAGAAUGCUAACUUCAACCUGGACCCGUACAUCCAGGAGUUUGGGAUCAAGGUGAAAGAUGACAUGGCUGAGGUGACAGGCAGAGUGCUCCCGGCACCUAUCCUGCAGUAUGGAGGACGGAAUCGUGCGAUAGCUACCCCCAACCAGGGAGUCUGGGACAUGAGAGGGAAGCAGUUUUAUAACGGCAUUGAGAUCAAAGUGUGGGCGAUUGCCUGCUUUGCCCCCCAGAAACAGUGCAGAGAAGAGGUGCUCAAGAACUUCACAGACCAGCUGCGUAAGAUCUCUAAAGAUGCAGGAAUGCCAAUUCAGGGCCAGCCAUGCUUCUGUAAAUACGCCCAGGGAGCAGACAGCGUGGAGCCCAUGUUCAGACACCUGAAGAACACCUACUCUGGACUUCAGCUCAUCAUCGUCAUCCUGCCAGGAAAAACUCCUGUCUAUGCGGAGGUAAAGCGUGUGGGAGACACCCUCUUGGGCAUGGCCACCCAGUGUGUUCAGGUGAAGAACGUGGUGAAGACGUCACCUCAGACUCUCUCCAACCUGUGCCUCAAGAUCAAUGUGAAGCUGGGAGGCAUCAACAACAUCCUGGUGCCCCACCAACGGUCAGCAGUGUUUCAGCAGCCGGUUAUCUUCCUCGGAGCAGACGUCACGCACCCCCCUGCUGGAGAUGGCAAGAAGCCCUCCAUUACUGCUGUGGUAGGCAGCAUGGAUGCUCAUCCCAGCAGAUACUGUGCCACAGUGCGAGUCCAGAGACCCAGGCAGGAGAUCAUUGAAGAUUUGUCUUACAUGGUGCGUGAGCUGCUGAUUCAGUUCUACAAGUCGACUCGCUUCAAGCCCACCAGGAUAAUUUUCUACAGAGAUGGAGUUCCUGAGGGACAGUUGCCGCAGAUUCUCCAUUAUGAGCUCCUGGCCAUCAGAGAUGCGUGCAUCAAGCUGGAGAAAGACUAUCAGCCUGGCAUCACCUAUAUCGUGGUGCAGAAACGCCACCACACACGCCUCUUCUGUGCUGACAAGUCUGAAAGAAUUGGGAAGAGUGGGAAUAUCCCUGCAGGGACUACAGUGGACACCAGCAUCACUCAUCCCUUUGAGUUUGACUUCUAUCUGUGCAGCCAUGCAGGCAUACAGGGUACCAGCCGGCCGUCUCAUUACUACGUCCUUUGGGACGACAAUCGUUUCACGGCUGAUGAGUUGCAGAUUCUAACCUACCAGUUGUGCCACACUUAUGUGCGUUGUACCCGCUCAGUCUCCAUCCCUGCUCCAGCCUACUAUGCUCGUCUUGUGGCCUUCCGUGCCCGCUACCAUCUGGUGGACAAAGAACAUGACAGUGGAGAGGGCAGCCAUGUGUCUGGUCAGAGUAACGGUCGGGACCCACAGGCGCUGGCUAAAGCCGUUCAGAUACACCAUGACACCCUGAGGACCAUGUACUUCGCCUGAGCUACACCUACCAUCACCACCAUCGACCCCUCCCACCUCAUUUCUACCUGAGUGGGCAGACGGCCCACCACCACCUCAUCCCCAUCCCUUAAUCCCAGUGACUGCCCACUACACAUACUCCACAGACCUGCCAGUCAAUCACCCAAAUCCAGGAAACGUAAGGCCCUUCACCUGUAAAACACAGGCAGACUCUACAGCCUCAUGCACUCAAAAGGUUAUGAAUAUUAUUAUUGUCAUUUUGUUGUUUUUACUUUACCAGGACUAUUGCUCUUUUUAUGUUGAAUUUUUAAAACGUGGGUAUUAUUAUGUAAUUGUAUUGUACGCUACCUUCACACCCCUAUGUAUGUAAGUAUGCAAUACGGAUGGGAGGAAAAUAGGUGAUAAAAGAAAAAAAUCCUGAAAACUUUUUUAACUGCCACCACGAUGCUGCCUCUUUACCCAUCCGAACGCUGGAUGCCAGUAUUCCAAGCCCCUUAGUAUGGGGAUCCUUCAGAGGAGUGGUACUGGGCACGCACACUUACAUGUAUCAUUUUAAUGUUGUCAUGAACUACAUUCAUGUUUUUAAUGUUUUUGAAUAAUGUUAUUUUUUUAAACAGCCUUGAGGAGUCUGAGGUAUGGUACAUUAGCACUUAGUGUUAGCAUGUAGGUGCCACCAGUCCUGCACAUAAGAGUUUGCUAGUACAUGUGAGGCUAGCCCUCUGGUCUUUAUAUUAGCAGAGACAAAAAGAGCAGGUGUAGCAUAUCGUAGAUCCAGGAGUGAAGUCCUGCCUCUGUGCUGGUUAGCCAGUCCCUUAGAAGAUUUAGCCUAUAGAGGCAAGCUUAGCUUAAUAAUAGAGGGACCAUUUGCAUAGAGUGUAUCAAAUAUACUUGCACCCCAUGCACCUAAACCAGCAUUAUUAACCAGCCAAAAGUGAUGCCAACCAAUGGAGAAAGGGGCACUUAAACAGGAAGAUAAUCUUUUAUUUCUGUAUGCAUUGCUCUUUUAGGAUAUACGAGGCACUUUUUUAUUUACUUAUUAUUUUACUUCGAAAUGGUGAGACUUGUCUGUCCUGAGGCUUGACACACAGACUACUUUGAAGUUUUCACACACAUGCUCGCAUUGCUUUCAGAACAAAGAGGUAACUAAGGCAAUAGGCAAGGUCAACACUCCUAUGAAGAUUUGAAUACAGGCAAAUAUAAAGUCUGUGAUCACUUAAGUGCUGCAAAGCUGAACUCACAUUCAGCAAUUGACCUUGCUCCGAUCACUCUGCACAUUCCAACACGUAUGGGUGGAGAUGAUGCCUACUUCCACCCAAGCACUUCUUUGCAUACCUGUACACACCAUUUUUACACAAAGCUCUUCCCUCUGCAGGCAUUUACAAGUCAAAGCCUGGAUAGCAGAAGCACACACAUCUCUGCCCUCUAAGUCUCUCUCUAAGCAUGUAGAAACCAACCUCUUCAAAUGCACUUGUCCCCUUAUUUCCCUCCUGGCCGAACUCUCACUUGUCACCCUUUCCAUCAUCACCCUCUAUCCCUACUGUCUAUUAUCACAUUUAACCUGCAACAUCCCCUGCCCCAAUCCCCUAGCUUGUGUUAGCCAAUCCCCAUUGGUGCUCUGUGUGCAUGGGCGGCACAGAUAGGGGAUUGCUACAUUGGACAGGGUGGGCCACUAUUACUACUACUUAAUAUGCCCUGCCUUUACAUCUAGUCACUUUCCAGAUUAAUGAAAAAAAAUGCAUGUAAUUAUUUUUACGACUGGAUAUUCUGAGCCACCUUAUUUUGGUUUUCCUAGAGGUAGGAGCCAUGCGCUCACCACUGCCUGUCAGUCGUUUUGCCUCGAUUGUGUAAUGGUUAUAAAGACUGCUUUUUUCUUUGUUAUUAUUAUUAUGAAUAUUGUGACUAGUGUCAGAGUGUAUCCUCAAGAGGGCACUGUGGAGACGGUCUCAGAAUUCCACCUCAGUUGCCCUUUAAGCGCCUCAAAUCUUGUCUGACGGUCAGAGCCCCUUUGAGAUGAAAGGGAUCAAAAGAGAAGAGAGCAGAUGAGUUUGAUUUUUAAAUCAUGUUUAUGAACUUGCAUAAUCAAAAUGCCUUUGUACACCGUUUUACUGAUCCUUCAUUGUGUCCAAGGUGAUUUGUAUAUAUAAAUAUAUAAUAUUAACCUGUUAUGUAUUUUGGCUCACCGGUUGCCGGGCCUUUCACAGUUGGGGUCAAGUGUUCUACGCCUCAUUCUGUGAUUUAAAAAAAAAAAAAAAAAAA